AUGGACUACUCAGAUCGAGUCAAUUCGAAGCAGGGUGGUGGUGGUGUUGCUGACACUGCAGAAACCAAUGUUCAGACAAAGAAACGGAUACGCGAACUCCUCACCGAUUCGCUUGACCUUGAUAAUGAUCCUUACGUUCGUAAGGCCCACAAUGGCAUGCUAGAGUGCAAGCUAUGUUUCACUACCCACGUUAAUGAAGCAAGUUACAUCAGUCAUAUGGGAGGAAAGAAGCAUCAUAUCAAUUUGGCACACCGCAAAAUGCUCGAUGAAAAGCAGAAUCAAUCCCAGAAUAAGCAUGGGAUCUCGAUAAAUUCGGUUCCAAAACGAAAAUGGCAACUGAUCGGCAAACCAGCGUUUCGUGCCACCAAAAUUCGGGAUCCAGAGACAGAAAAGCUAGGUUUAUCGGUUGUGGUGAAGUACCCAAAAGCUAUAGUUGUUCCUAAUUUUCGAAUAAUGUCAUUUGCUGAACUUAGCACUAAACAAGAAAGUGUGAAGUCAAAGUACGGCGAAAAUCAUCAGUUUUUGGUUAUUCUGGCUGAACCCUACGAAAACAUCUGUCUAGUGAUACCUGACCGUGAAAUCGAUAAAGGUAAUGACGACCGCCAAACAGAGAGUUACUGGAGUCAUUUUGACGACGCCACGAAGGACUUUUAUAUUCAAUUCUUGUUCAAAUAA